UUUAAAUGAAGGGCACAUAAGGAAAAGUUUGAAGAAGGUGAUCAAAGUAAAAUGCCAUUGAUUGUUUUUGGAGAUGGUUUGAAAAACAAGUCGCAUGCUAAGUUUAAAGGUUUACGUUAUGGUGUCAUUGAAAAGUUGUACAGACAGUUAAGAAUUCGUGAAAAACACGGAGAGUUGUUACUUCUGGAUAUAGACGAGUAUAAGACAUCCAAGACUUGCAACUCGUGCCUUGAAAAUAAAUUGGAGCAUAUUACGCAAGGAAGUGGUAUCGAAAAACGGAAUAUUAAUCAAGUAUUAGUUUGCAAAACUGCAAUAUUUUUUGGAAUCGAGACGUUAUGUCUUCUAAGAAUAUGUUCACAAUCGCUCAAUCUAUUUGGAACGGCCAAGGACACCCUACCAUGUUCACCCGACAAAGCGCCACCUCGAAUAUGGUGCCUAAACUUUAAGUAGCGAAGGCUUAAGGAUUCUAACAUUGUUGUCCCAUUUUCACAUCUCUGUCCCAAUUUAAUUUG